GACAAAUCAGAGGGAGCUGCGGCACCUUGGUCCAAGCUCCUAGUGUUGACCUCAGCCAAAAAAUAAUAACGAACCCCAUGAAUUGAAUUGCGCUAAUCGCCGAAACAGACAAAACUUCAUUUCGGGGUGAUCUCACCAAUUUACACGCAAUUCACACCAUAUUUCUAUCAUUUCCACGGUCAUAUCAUUACUUAGACCUCACCCUACGGCCGGCUGCAGCCCCCAUCCGCGAGUGCGUCAAUCUCAACGUCUAUCUACGAGCGCAACCCCUAACCUCCACCCUCAGCACAGACUCCUACGAACCAUGGCAGAAACGACAUUGCAUAAUGCACCUAUAGUGCUUGACAAUGGCAGUGGGACGAUACGAGCUGGGUUCGCGGGCGAGGAUCUUCCAAAAUGCUAUUUCCCCUCCUUCGUCGGUAGACCAAAACACCUCCGAGUCCUCGCCGGCGCGUUGGAGGGCGACGUAUUUAUUGGACAAAGAGCUCAAGAGCUACGAGGUCUCCUAAAAAUUCGAUACCCCCUUGAGCACGGAAUUGUGACGGAUUGGGAUGACAUGGAGAAGAUUUGGCAGUGGGUUUAUGAGGGGGAAUUGAAGACGUUGAGCGAAGAGCAUCCCGUCCUCUUGACCGAGCCCCCGCUGAAUCCACGGACAAACCGAGACACGGCCGCCCAGAUCCUAUUUGAGCAAUUUAAUAUACCCGCCCUUUACACGUCUAUUCAGGCGGUGCUGUCACUCUAUGCUUCGGGUCGAACAACAGGAAUUGUGUUAGAUUCUGGGGAUGGUGUUUCUCAUGCGGUUCCCGUCUAUGAGGGCUUCGCUAUGCCAAGUAGCAUAAGAAGAAUUGACGUUGCGGGCCGUGAUGUUACAGAGUACUUACAGUUGCUCCUGCGGAAAAAUGGCUAUGUGUUCCAUACGAGUGCUGAGAAAGAGGUGGUCAGAAUGAUCAAAGAGAAGACGGGAUAUGUGGCCUUGGAUCCAAAGAGAGAGGAAAAAGACUGGUCGACAAACGUCUCGAAGGUGGACUCUAAAACUCAGGAAUAUACUCUUCCGGACGGGCACAAACUGAAGGUUGGAGCGGAACGGUUUCGAGCUCCCGAAAUUCUUUUCGAUCCUGAAAUUAUUGGUCUUGAAUAUCCUGGCGUUCAUCAAAUCGUCGUCGAUGCGAUCAAUCGGACCGAUAUGGACCUGCGCAAGGCGCUCUUCGGCAAUAUUGUCCUUUCUGGCGGUUCAACUCUAUGUCGAGGCUUCGGAGAUAGAUUGCUACAUGAAGUUCAAAGAUUGGCUGUUAAGGACAUGAGAAUCAAGAUUUUUGCUCCCCCAGAACGGAAAUACAGUACAUGGAUUGGAGGCAGUAUCCUGGCUGGUCUAAGCACUUUCAGAAAGAUGUGGGUCAGCAUCGACGAUUGGCACGAGAAUCCGGAUAUAAUUCACACAAAAUUCAAUUAGAGAAAAGAAAUUUAAGGAUGUUCUGCACUGUCAUGUCAACAACAUUCAUCAUUCCUCGCUGGACGAGUCAUAUUUGUGGAUACGAUACCCUCGGAGUAACUGCGCGGAAAAAGGGCCCAGGAAUGAGAUAAGGAAGAAGGAGACGGAGAAGAAGCACUUGCCCAUGUAUGUACAGUAUCAUACAUCCAUUUCUCAUCCUGCAUUUCAACUCUUUUACUCACAUUCUGUUCUCUUUCUCUCAUUUUUUUCUUUUACCCUCUCUCGACGUCAUUAUGGCUGCUCAGCGUUACCGUACUACGAUAAUUAUUUUGGCCCUCCUUCUUCCCUCUCUUUCCUCGUUUUAUCGAAAUCUAGCACCGGGCCAUGGAAGCGGAUAUGCACUGCCAUUUCAGGCCUGAGGGGUUUCCUGGGUGAUACCUAGUUUCCCGCUUCUACCCACAUUGGCAUGUCUUUCUUAAUCACAGUAUUCAAGCGUAUCCCUGCCUUCCUACCCUGCAUUAUAUCCACGCUUUGAUGGUCUUGUUUCUCUGGGAUAAAUUAAUCUUUCCUCAACGCUCGAGUCUACCGCUUUCUAUGUUCAUUUAAAUUUCCAACCCAUUUUCUUUCUUUUACUUCCUAUUUCCCUUUUUUGCUUUGUCUUAACUUAUUCGUCAGAUUCCCAAGCAAAUUUCUCUCUAUCCUGUAUAUAGAUUUUUCCUUUUUCUCACUACUAGUUACAUGUUUCGAGCCGACUCGGCUGCUUUGUUUUAAUGAUUUCAUCAGAAGAAUCUAGGCCUUUUUUUUUAUUGAAGAGUAGCAAAGAAGAAGAAUAUACUAAUCAGGAAAUUCGUUCGUUGAAAUUACUUCAUACGACGGGGAGGUCAAGUUUGGAGAUUUUCUGCGAACAAUUAUUAAAAAUUGGGGUUCCAGGCCCAAAUGCAAAACGAGCUCACCGAGCCACACGAUUGCCCCGAUCCUUGGAAGCUUUCUGGCUUGUGUAUCACGAAUGAACUUUUUGGAUAUUUUUCAAGCAAGUUCAGUUUUAAGAGGGGGAAUAAAAAACAAGGGGGAAUAAAAACAAGGGUAAAAAGUAAAUAUUAUAAGUUCCAACCCCUACGAGGUUUGGACUGGCUAUGCUUCCCAAGUCACCACAUUGUACGGACGUAGGGAGAGAAGAGAAAAGAAAAAAAGAAAAAAAAAAUUUAAAACAAAAAUGUUCCAUAUCGUAAUAUGGACAGGCGGUUUCUAGGGCUUUCCAGAAGUUGUGUUAAAUAGCUUUGAACCCUAUUCAGGGAAAAUUCGUUCAGCCGGAUUCGUUUUAUUUAAUUUUUAUUUUUCUUUAAUUUUUUUCAUUUCAUAUUUCCAGCUGGCUGGAUUAAUUAUUAUACGUAUAUACUUGUGUGAAACUGGUCGUUCUUCAAAAGCCAAAAAACGGAGUUAAAGGGGCCUAUAUCCACUAGAUAGAUAUAAACGGCGAGAUGUGUGAGGCACGGCAAGGGAGAUGAACUGUAGAGUGAGUAACAGAUGGGUAUCAAUGGGCAACCAACUAAGUCUUCUAUGGAACCGUUUUCGGGGGGGGGUUGGCUAUUUGGAUUUGGGAGUUAAAUAUGGAAAUUCGUCCUGGCAAGUUCCCAUGGUUCAUUUAAAAAAGCGGCAUUGGAAAUCCUAUCUUGGCAUUCACUGUGUCUCUAAUUCAACACAAUAAAGAGUAAAAUAAGUGUUUAUAUGAGUAUGUCCCAGUCCCAGGCAUUUUGACAUUUUCGUUUUCAUGAAUAAAAUGUGAAUAUGGAUCCAACAUGUAAUAUAUGGAAACAAAGGUAGAAGUGGCAACAGCAAAAUCAUAGCAAUAGCCCCGUGGUGGGGGAGGUAGCUGAGAUUUAGAAACGGGAGUAUUUUUUUUCUUUUUUUUUUUU